ACGUGGCAGCGCAGGAACGUGCACCUACGGUGGCCAUCUUGGAGGCGGGCGCGCGCGCGGCGAGCUCUUACCUGUAUCUUGCUCGUCUUCUCGUAGUCGUAGUCCUACAGGUCAGCCUCUCUAGUCCCCGCUUUUCACUGCCCCGCAGACAGUCUCUCCGGCCCGCAGUUCAGGGACCGACUCCGGCGCCCCGGGCUGUUGGGCUCCACCUUCCACCGCGCUGGCCGGAGGGGAGAGAACGAGGAAGGAGCCCAUUGACCUUAGCUCGGCCCAGCCCGGCCUGGAGACGUGGCAGAGCUUGCGGGGAGGCCGCUACCGCCUGAGAGACUCCUGGGUCAACAAAUGGGGACGGUUUUACCGUAAUUGAAGAAAAAUGAUGGAAGAGAGUGGAAUAGAGACAACACCACCUGGGACUCCUCCACCAAGUUCAGCGGGACUGGCUGUCGCUGCCACAGCGGCACAGCCGUCUUCCCCGCCAGCCCCUUUAGCUGCAGCCAGCACUUUCUCUUCUCCAAGUGUGUCCACUGUGCCGCCCCUGCCGCCACACGCGUACUCCACCCCUCAGCAGUCCCUGCCUCCUGUGAAGCCUUCGCCACCCUUGCCCUUUGUGCCUCCUUCACCGGUCCCUUCUGGUCCCCCACUCAUUACCUCUUUACCACCUCAUGCUUCUCCACCAAGUGCUGCUGCCUUCAGUAACCCUCCUUUAUCCCACUUCCCGCCUUCCACCUGUGCCCCAGAUGCUCCCUUACCUGCCCCCGCUUCGGGUCCUCCCACCUCGGGAUUCUCUGUCGGCUCAGCCUAUGACAUUACACGAGGACAUGCAGGAAGAGCUCCCCAGACACCCCUGAUGCCGUCUUUUUCUGCACCUCCGGUGACAGGUAUUUUGCCAACUCCCAUUACUCAGCAAGCUGGUUUGACAUCUCUGGCACAGGGAACUGGAACCACAUCAGCCAUAACUUUUCCAGAGGAGCAAGAAGAUCCUAGAAUUGGUAGAGGGCAGGAUGAAGCAUCUGCUGGUGGACUCUGGGGUUUUAUUAAGGGUGUGGCUGGGAACCCUAUGGUGAAAUCUGUGCUUGAUAAAACAAAACAUUCAGUAGAAAGCAUGAUUACAACGCUGGACCCUGGCAUGGCUCCAUAUAUCAAAUCUGGAGGUGAACUGGACAUUGUAGUGACCUCAAAUAAAGAAGUAAAAGUUGCCGCUGUCCGAGAUGCCUUCCAGGAGGUCUUUGGCUUAGCUGUGGUGAUAGGGGAAGCUGGACAGUCCGGCAUUGCCCCACAACCAGUGGGCUAUGCAGCUGGAUUAAAAGGUGCCCAGGAACGGAUAGAUAGCUUGCGUCGAACCGGAGUGAUCCAUGAAAAACAGACUGCUGUGUCAGUAGAAAACUUCAUUGCAGAAUUGCUUCCUGACAAAUGGUUUGACAUUGGCUGUCUGAUAGUUGAAGACCCUGUGCAUGGUAUUCAUCUAGAAGCAUUUACACAAGCCACACCAGUACCCUUGGAAUUUGUACAACAGGCUCAAAGUCUAACUCCCCAGGACUACAGUCUGAGGUGGUCGGGCCUUUUGGUGACAGUGGGCGAAGUCCUGGAGAAGAGCUUACUCAAUGUCAGCCGGACUGAUUGGCAUGUGACUUUCACUGGCAUGUCUCGUCGGCAGAUGAUCUACAGUGCAGCCAAAGCAGUAGCAGGCAUGUAUAAACAGCGCCUGUCCCCCAGGACCAUGUGAGAAGGCUGGCCUGGGAUACUGACACUUGCUAACUUUGAGCUGCUGGUGGAGAAGAGACAGUCCCUUCUUAAACUGGACAACUUCAGUCAGUCCAGCUGUUUUAAUCAUUUUCCUGUAGGCUGCAGUUUUUUUCUUAGAAAGGUAUGGUGUCAUUCCAGUAGAUGAAACGAAACAGAUCCUUUUUCUGAUUAUAUAAUUGCAUGUACCAUAGUUCUCAAAUAUAUAAAUAUUUUUAUAGGACAGUUUGAUACACCAAAUUUAUAAGGUGCAAAUUCAUGUGCUAAGAUAUUUAACUUAAUGAUAUGUACUUGAUUAUUUUGUUUUUUAAGAAAUAGUUGACUAAAGAACAUGUUUACCGAACACUGUUUAAAAGCAUUGUUUCUUUUAAUUCAUGAUUAAUCUCUUCCCUGUCCAUCUUGGAAGCUUUCCGUGUAUCCAUGUGAUCACAGGUCUGAUGCUAAGCCAUGUGCUCAACAAGAGACUCUAAGACACCUACUUGUAGGGAGAUGGUGCACUUGUCUAUGCAUAUUUUUAACAUAGGCCAGAAUAACAGAAUCGAUCAUUUUCUUUUUGGUUAUCAUGUUAUACACAUAGCCUGAAAAAUUCUUUUUUUUUUUUUUUUAAUGUUUCAGCAUUUCACAUUCAUACUGUACAAUGAACACUGGGAUAAUGCAUUUUAUUUUUUUCAUUUGCUCUAUGACAACUAAGUGGUAAAUGAGUCAAGCAUAUUUAAAUUAGAAGCAUCUGGGGUUUUUUGCAUAAUGGUAUUCAGUGCUUCCAAGUAAACUCUGACAACAGCCAUUAUUUCUGCUUUAAUUCAUUUUUCCAACUGUAGUAGAGAAAUUUUUGAGAGGAAAUAACUUUGUUGUUUAUGGGAUCAUAUGACUUACUUUAAGCUUACUUAUUUAGUUUGCCUUAAACACUGCUUUUCUAACUUUGUGCCAUUCUGCCUUUACUUUUUAUGGAAGUUUUCCAAGAAACUAUUUUAUAGUGAACCUGGUUUAUUUAGUCCAUUAUGUUUGUAUUUAAUGAAAGCUUCUUUUUCCCUCAGAUAAUAUAUUUUACCAUUUUGGGAUUUAUACAAAUCAAAAAUAAAUAGUUCAUCAUAUACUUUUGAACUCUAUAUAUGAAAGUUCAAAUAACUUUUUGAAGAUAGUUUCUUAUAUAAAUGUAAUUUAAUUUUUAUUUACUCUUCUAUAUAAUUCUUUAGAUAUAAAAGAAUCAGCACAAUCUUAUAAAAUCUUUUAAGGUAUUGAAGCUGUUAUCCUGUGCUGUCAUUACAUGUAAUGUUUGCUUUGUAUUAAUAUCAUUUCAAGUACUUGUUUGAUUUCUGCUAUUUUUUUUUUACCUGAGGAUGAGAAGAUUAAGCACUAAUUUUCCAUCUGUGUUAUGUGUUAAUUUCUAUGCACUGUAUAGUUGUCAUUCAGUGCAAUUCAGACUUCUGUGUCAUUAAAAGUAAUGAGAGAAAGAAGAGAGAUGUAGCCGGUUGCUAUAGCAUAAUAGGGACAGAGGAAUACUUAUUUUCCCUUUUUAUUGGUAUUUAUGGAACACUUCGUCUAUGUUUUCUCCGUCUUUCAUGAAUAAGAGAAGCCUUUCUCUACCAUUUGUUUUUAUCCUUUAUUUUAAAAAGCUACCCUUUAUCAUGGCAUUGGCCUGAUGACACAUGACUGUUAGGAAUGAAGGAACAUAUGUCCGUAGUUCGUAUUUCUGCUUUUUUUAACCUCCUAUUAUAGGGAAAUUUUACAGAUCCUAAAGAUAAAAUUUUCUUUUUAUUUUACCAAGUCUCAAAUAUCUUAGUUGAUGUUUUUGAGUGAGGGUGGUUUUCAUAGAAUCAUUAACAUUGACAUCCCAUUAGAGGACAAUUUUCUUCGAAUCCCCACAUAGCAAUGGCAGAGUUAUUCCGUGGUUUGGGUGCAGAUGAUUUUCCUGCACCUGGUAAAUUUGCACCCUCUGCUCUUUGUGAGUGGGUGAGGACUAGGGAAAGGCAGAUGGAAAAGAUAAAUACAUGAUCUCAUUCUGGCGCCCUUAUUCCUUUUUUGGCCCAGAGUUAUCUUUGAAAGGCAUCAGUGCAUGACUGACUCCACAGUCAACUUUCCCAGCCUCUUGUUUACUUUUUCAUUCUUGGAUUUCCCUCUUGUACCAGUGGCAAGAAAAGUAACUCAUUACCUCUCACACACCAGGGCAGUGUUAGCCAGGAGGUCUUUUACUGUUGGUAUUUUGGCAUGAGAUAUGCUGGUCAUGAGCCUAAGGCCACGGCACCCUUCACCAAUCAUCCAGCUGCCCUGUUCUUUUCUUGCUUGUUUCCUUAUAAUUCUUGCACUAGCAUUUUUUAGGGAGGGUUGAGCUGGGGACUUUUACCCUCAAGCAUCUUCGGACAACCUGUCUUUAACACAGUUCUUCGCCACUACUAUUUUGGUCAUUUUUUUUUUUCUUUUGAAGUGCUCCCAGAACUACUUACUGAAUUUGAUAAGUUUGUAUACUUUUUUAAUUAAGUGUUGUGAAAGAGAAUAGGAAGAAAUGCAGGAAGAGCAAUUUUACAUCAGCCUCAAUUGACAGAAGGUACUCAGAUUAUUCAGAUCAAUAUCAUCUUGUUAUUAAGUUUAUCAGGUAACCCUGGAUUUAGAGCUGGGCCCCAGACUUCUGGGUGGAAAAGUUUGAGCCAAUACCUGUAGUUUUCUCCUCUUAAUCUCUUAUUAUUACUUCCCCAUUCUUUGUUCUUUCUCUCAAGGAUUAAUGAGGUAGAAAAUUGAGAUGAAUGGAUAUAGACAAUAUGAUAGUAUGAUAGUAAAUAUAAGUAGAUAACAGUACAGAUGAAAGUGUAUUAUACAUUAAUUCAAAAUUAUGCAAAUUAGUAAUAUACUCAGGGUCAGCUAAAUUAGUUUAAGAUGUUGUUGAAUUUACUUUGUUCCUUGGCUAGAAAAAAUUCUAAACAGGAAUUUGUGUUCUGUGAAGCCAAAUUGGUAAUAUUCUGUGUUCUAAAAGAUGUUAGGUUAUAUAUAAAUUAAGAAACUUGGAUUUUUACUCCCAGAAUAUGGUAUUGUUUUUUAAGAUACUAUGCAGGAAUGAUGUAUUGGAUAAAGCCAAUUUUGUACGUAUGUAAAUAUGUCAUAAAUAAAAAAUAC